GGAAUAAUCAAAUAUUGACGAGUGACGACGGUAGGAGCAGAGAGAGAGAGAGAUUGAGGUCUGAUGCGUAAACACGAAGGAUGCAAUAUUCAGCCUCAAUCUCAUCGCCUUCUUCUCUAAGGCAUCAAACUCGAUCGCGUCUCUCCUCCUUGUUCAUCUUCUCUCCCAAAACCCUAAUCUUUACCAGUACCACCAGAUUCUCUGAUUCCACUUCUCCCCUUCUUGCUUCUCGCCGAUCCCGCGAUUUCAUCAACGGGAGGGAUGAUUUCGCAGAAGAUACGAGGAGCUGGAACCGGAAGAUUAGACCGGAGUACGACGGGUUCGAUGAUGAUUACGAGGAAGACGAAGAUGAUCAUGAGGAAGAAGAUAGAAGUUUGGAUCUGUUGCUUAGAUUUGUAGAGAAUGUUUUCAGAAAGGUUUCCAAGAGAGCUAGGAAAGCUGUCAGAUCAAUCUUGCCUGUUUCCAUCUCUACCAAGCUUGUUGGGUUUUCAGUGAAUGGAGUACUUAUUCUUGCGUUUUUGUGGAUCUUGAAGGCUUUCCUCGAGGUAGCUUGCACACUUGGAACUAUUGUAUUUACGAGCAUUCUACUUAUACGCGGACUUUGGGCUGGUGUAGCAUACUUGCAGGAGAGCCGCAACAAUAGGAUCAAUGAACUCUCUGAUGACCCACGUGCAUGGAACGGGGUGCAACCAGUUUCUUGAUUAAUUCGCUCUACUUUUCCAGAUAUCAGAAUUCUGACUUUUGGGAGCCAGAAUUGGUUUAGGUUCUUCCCAAGUCAAUAAAACCACAGCUGAAUUCAGAUUCAGAAAGCAGUGUUACAGUGGAUGUUCAUUGGCAAUAUCUGAUGAUUUAGUGAGUACAAAAGUGUAAUAUGUAUUUGUAACAAUCAAGUCAGCGAUGGAAACUAGUGGAAUAAAUCAAAUAUAUAUAGAAUCAUACCAUUUACCUU